AUGUCCACGGGUAGCGGUACUAUAGAAAUAUUUGAAAUAACAUCAGGAGAAGUUAAAAAAGUGAAAGAUAUCGAGAGACCGAAUUCAUUUAAAUGUGGCACGUUCGGAGCGAGCAGCGACGUUGAGCGAAGAUUAGCUACAGGAGAUUUCAAAGGAACACUAGAAAUAUGGGAUUUAGAAAAAAGUAGCCAGAUUUAUAUAACUAAGGAGCAUUCAGAUAUAAUUAAUUCCAUAGAUGGUAUAGGAGGCAAUACAGUUAAUUGUGGGGCUCCUGAAAUUGUUACUGGAAGCAGAGAUGGCACAGUAAAAGUUUGGGAUCCACGUCAAAGAGGCAAACCCGUUGCCAACAUGCAGCCUAUGAAAGGGGAGGUCAAACGCGACUGUUGGUCUGUUAAUUUUGGUAAUUCGUUCAACGACGCCGAGCGGAUCGUUGUCGCCGGAUACGAUAAUGGCGACGUGAAGAUGUUCGACCUCCGGACCAUGUCACUAAGGUGGGAGUGCAAUUUGAAGAAUGGGGUUUGUUCUACUGAGUUUGAUAGAAAGGACAUCCCAAUGAACAAAUUAGUCGCCACCACUCUGGAGGGAAAGUUCCAUGUUUUCGACGUGAGAACGCAGAAUCCAUCAAAGGGGUUUGCCCAAGUUUUAGACAACUCGACUAAAAGCGGCACUAUAUGGGUAGCCCGUCAUCUGCCGCAGAACCGCGACAUAUUCGUAACGUGUGCCGGCAACGGACAAGUUUCCCUGUGGAAGUACGAAUACCCGGAGCAGAGGUCGCGCGUGGACGGGCAGGGCGUGGCGUGCGGCGUCGCCGGAAAGUUGAACCGUUUGCAGCGAAUGGUUGUCAGCUCGCAGCCGAUCAACGCGUGGGAGUGGAACCGCGACCAGCUCGGCCUCGCGGUCGCCACGGCCUACGACCAGUGCGUCAGGGUCGUCGUCACCACGAAACUGAACUUGCAG